GCAGGUCACAACAUGCAGAGGCUCUUCAAUGGCUAGGCUUAUGGAGCGGCUCCAUAUUCACUGAACAAACAGGAGUCAUUUGAGUUCUAAUUAAGCCUGUGUAGCCUUGUCCUGCGAGGGUAUUCGCUUAUUUUGGACAGUCAAUGACGGGAGUUGAUGGAGUUGCUAGGUGAUCCUUUUUCCAACACAAAAAUAUACCGUCAUCGUGAACAGCUGGCCUCUUUUUAUUGAAUAUUCAUCUUGGUCUUUAUUUCAGCAGAGUGUAUUUCCUGCAAACCUGUGUAUAUUUUGCUAUUAAUGAGCUCUUUUAAUGGCUAAUUUCUGGGAAACACUCUGUUCUGUAAACAGUUGACACAGUUUAGUUGAACUGGUACACAUGACACCCUUUUAAGUUUCAAGAGUAAAAGAAGUCAUCAUGUUCAUAACACACCUAAUAGUGAUUUUGAAUUAAAAUACCAUGCAAUAGCUCUGCUUCUGGACAAGCAUCAAACAAAGAAUAUUCCCGACCCAUUUUAUUCAUUCAACUCACGUAGUCUCGCAUAGCCAGCCAGAUGUCGUAAUCUUGUGAGAAGCCGGGAAAUGGAAGCUGCUACUACUCAUUUUGAUUCGUUUGUGUUUCCCUGCUGCAGUUUAUGUGAUCUGUAAGCUGGGUAAUGACUCCCAGAAGGCAGUUCAGGUCUUGGAGAGAAUGUCAGGUUCUGAGGUGGACUGUGUCACUGCGAAGAACAUCUGUGGGGGACUGAUGGCCUGGGCCCAGAAGAUAGACCCCUCUUUCCCUCAGUAUUGACUCAACGUCACAGGUUCUACACUGAGGUUUCAUCACGGGAAGCUUAAAGAUCAUGUAGGUUUUUCUGAGAGUGUGAGAAAUCAUUGGUCCCAUAUUUCAGUCUGUUUCAAGAGUAAAUUCACGCCAGUCGGCCAUUCAGAUAUAAUGUUCAUACAGUCCUCUUCCUCCACCAGCCCUGCCGUGUAAGUAGUGUAUCAUGUAAUCAUAACGACCGUUUUUCUGCCUUAACUUCUUUUAUGUUUGCUGGUUGCAUUGGGUAUUGCUUCCCUGACAGACAAAUAUUUUCACUGGUGAAAAGUGAAAAAAAUAGUUUCUGGUUUUCAAGAUUGUGCUUUAAAUGGCAAGUAAAAUGUUGUACAAGAAAAAACUGAACAUUGUAAUCCAUUGUCAUAACCUUAUUCCUGUUCCAGAUUGUUCUAUUUUUAUAACCCCAAUGUAUUGUUGAGGGCAUACAGGGUAAUAUAGUACUUCAUUAUGUAUUUCGAGUUAUUUGGGAACAUUGGUAUAUGAACUAUGUGUUAGAGUUAUUACACAUCUAUACAUCCAUAAUGUGUUGUCAUUUCCAUAUAUGGAAAUGACAUAAUAUAUGCUGAUGUAUACCACCACCCUCUCUAAAAGAUUAGACGCAACAGUGCAACAACAGUGUAAGGGAUAGAGGAUGAUGGCAUUUUUUUCUACGUUGCUGGCAACUGAUUUUCAGAACUGAAGCAAUAGAUGUCGGGUAACAGUUUUUUUUCUUCUCUCCAGCAUAAUCCGAAUAACGGAAAAGAUAGAUGAAAGAGGCAUGCGCAAUGUAAAGAUACGUUUUUCGAGACGCCAUUGCAUGUGAGAUUGUAGUUUGAAGAUUUAUCCUCACCGAUAGAAACCCAAAGCACCAACUAGGUAAUAGAACUUCAAGCCCCAGGAAUCUUUCUCUCCUCCUUUUCUCUCAGAACAGUGGGAGUAGUCACAGCUGGAAGGAUAAUAAGAUGCGCAUGAAUCUGGCAACCACGAAUAGACGACAAGAGAAAGUUUCAAAAAUUUAGAGAACUCGGUUGUGAGUCUUAGCACGCUUUUAGACAAUCCUGCUAAUGCAUAUGGUUACAUUGUUGCUCAUUUGUAUGAUUUAGCGAAAAGGCGAAUGAACUUGAAUAUUUUUUCUGUGUGAUUCGAUUGUUGGAGUUUUUGGAGAAGUUCCUGCUGUCCACUGACCAUGAAUCCAUCGUCGCCUUUUGAAGAAAGUGGAGGUCUUGUAUAACUUGUGUUGCUGGCAUUCGUGGACAUGAGGUCGUCUUCUGCCAGCAAUUCAAUCGAAAGUGGGAUGGUCCAGAUGUUGAGAAGCCUUGAUUCCAGAUGUUGGUUGUGCAUGAUGAAUAGAAAACAUUCCAUAAUGUUUCCUGUGGCCAGGGCAGAUAUGUGACUCUAGUACUGUGAGGGGACACCAUUCAAGAACAUGAAGUUUGGAAUGGUGACCGCCUCUUGCAGUGAGCGUUGGGGGAAUCAAUCUAGGACGACUGGAGUAUCUCAGCAGUCCAAACUGCACACAUCUCUUGCCUGAGAGAGAGAGCUGAGGCCAUUUAGUUGAAUCAUCAGGCUUUGUCCUUGAAUUGAUUGCCAGGCAUCGGUCUGAGAAGUCAAUGGGGAUGAACGUUUGACUAUUGCUAUUGGCUAAUACUGUUCGUGAUACUUUGAAGACCUUGCGUUUCAUGUCUCCUAGAAUGAGGAGUGAGUGUUUCUUCAGACUUGUGUCUGUUCUUAGUUGUUCAGUGGUGCCUGAUUUAAAAAGGCAUCACUGACGGUUACAAUACUUUACAUUUUGCAUCAUCAUCUCUGCCGUUGGAAGAAACCCAAUGUCUGCCUGCAGCAGCUCAGCUCCUCCAUCCUUUCCCAAAGCCUACCUCCACUCACAAGUCCCAGCCGUGCCUCUGACUCCCUCACCAUCGCCGAGCCCCCCGGGACCCCUCUACAGCCGCCUGUCCAACGGGAGUCACGGGAGUCACACUCACAGCGCUCCCAGCCCCACUAACUCCCGCAGCUCCUUCCAUGGAGUGUCCUUCCUCCUCCAGAUUGGCCUGACCAGAGAGAUGGUGAACCUGGAGAACCAUGACAUGUCUCUGUCUGCGGUCAAAGACCUGGUCUGCUCUAUAGUCGACCAAAAGUUCCCAGAGUGUGGCUUCUUUGGCAUGUAUGACAAAAUCCUGCUCUUCCGCCAUGACUUGAACUCUGAGAACAUCCUCCAGAGGCUGACGACAGCAGAGGAUAUCCACGAGGGAGAUCUGAUAGAGGUGGUGCUCUCUGCUUUAGCCACAGUAGGGGACUUCCAGAUCCGGCCCCAUGCUCUAUAUGUCCACUCCUACAAAGCGCCCACCUUCUGUGACUACUGUGGGGAGAUGCUAUGGGGCCUCAUCCGCCAGGGGCUGAAAUGUGAAGGUUGUGGGCUGAACUACCACAAGCGCUGUGUCUUCAAGAUCCCCAACAACUGCAGUGGGGUGAGGAAGAGACGUCUGUCCAACGUGUCCCCGCCGGGCCCCUCGCUCUCAGUCCCCCGGCCCCUCCCUGGUCCCACCGAACAUGCUGUGGUCGUCCUGGAGGAGCAGCGCUCCCACCAGGAGGCAGGGAAGAGGAUCCUGUCGUGGAGUGGCCGGCCCAUCUGGAUGGAGAAGAUGGUGCUGGGGCGAGUCAAGGUGCCUCACACCUUCGCCAUCCACACCUACACCCGUCCAACCAUCUGUCAGUACUGCAAACGGCUGCUCAAGGGCCUGUUCCGCCAGGGCAUGCAGUGCAAAGAUUGUAAAUUCAAUUGCCAUAAGCGGUGUGCAUCAAAGGUACCAAGAGACUGCUUGGGCGAGGUUUCCUUCGAUGGAGAGCCUGCCAGCCCAGGGCCUGACUCUGACAGCACCAUGGAGGUGGACAGUAGUGAUGUGGAGAGCACCAGAGGACUACUGGAUGACUCUGAGGAACCUUCAACCCCAGAACACAAGAUGUUCUACAUAGACUGUCCUUUCCUGGACCGCGAGAAGGACGAGGAGCCUAUCAAGACCAUCAGCCCAUCCACCAGCAGUAACAUCCCUCUAAUGCGGGUGGUCCAGUCCAUCAAACAGACCAAGAGGAGGAGCUCCACCAUGGUGAGGGAGGGCUGGAUGGUCCACUACACCAGCAGAGACAACCUGAGGAAGAGACACUACUGGAGGCUGGACACCAAGAGCCUCAGCCUGUUCCAGAACGACACUGGAGCCAAGUUCUAUAAGGAGAUCCCUCUCUCAGAGAUCCUGCAGGUGGAACAGUCGAGGGACCUCAGUAGCCUAGCCCAGGGCAGCAACCCACACUGCUUUGAAAUCAUCACUUCCACCAUGGUCUACUACGUUGGGGAGAACAACGGGGGUCAAUACCACAGCCCCGCGCUGACAGCCUCAGGCGUGGGCAUGGAGGUGGCCCAGGGCUGGGAGAAGGCCAUCCGGCAGGCCCUGAUGCCUGCCACACCCCAGCCCAGUGUGGCCACCGCAGCCAGGCAGGGGAAGGACCACAAACAAGAGGUGUCUAUCAGCAUAUCUGUGUCCAACUGCCAGAUACAGGAGAAUGUGGAUAUCAGCUCUGUUUACCAGAUCUUCUCUGAUGAGGUGCUAGGAUCUGGACAGUUUGGGAUUGUGUAUGGAGGGAAACACAGAAAGACUGGAAGAGAUGUGGCAAUCAAGGUGAUUGACAAGAUGAGGUUUCCUACCAAGCAGGAGAGCCAACUGAGGAACGAAGUGGCCAUUCUCCAGAACCUUCACCAUCCUGGUAUCGUCAACCUGGAGUGUAUGUUCGAGACACCUGAGAGGGUGUUUGUUGUCAUGGAGAAGCUCCAUGGAGACAUGCUGGAGAUGAUCCUGUCCAGUGAGAAGAGCAAGCUCCCAGAACGCGUCACCAAGUUCCUGGUCACACAGAUCCUGGUGGCUUUGAGACAUCUGCAUUUCAAGAACAUCGUCCACUGUGAUUUGAAGCCCGAGAACGUGCUGCUGGCCUCAGCAGAACCCUUCCCACAGGUUAAGCUGUGUGACUUUGGCUUUGCCCGUAUCAUCGGUGAGAAGUCGUUCAGGCGUUCGGUGGUGGGUACCCCGGCCUACCUGGCCCCAGAGGUGCUGCGUAGUAAGGGCUACAACCGCUCCCUGGACAUGUGGUCUGUGGGGGUCAUCGUCUACGUCAGCCUCAGCGGGACAUUCCCCUUCAACGAGGAUGAGGACAUUAACGACCAGAUCCAGAACGCUGCCUUCAUGUACCCACCCCAGCCGUGGAAGGAGAUCUCUGCAGACGCAACAGAUCUCAUUAACAACCUCCUACAAGUGAAGAUGAGGAAGCGGUACAGUGUGGACAAGUCUCUCAGCCAUCCUUGGCUACAGGACUACCAGACGUGGCUGGACCUCAGGGAGUUUGAGACACGGCGUGGCGAGCGUUACAUCACCCACGAGAGUGACGAUGUGCGCUGGGAGGAGCAUGCAGACGAGCAUAGCCUGGUCCACCCUAAACACUUCAUUAUGGCGCCCAACCUGGACGAUAUGGAGGAGGGCCCCUAGUGGCCAGGAGGCCAUGUUACAGGUUACAGGUGUGGCCAAGAGGAAAACAUCAGGAACCUCUGCAGGUUAUUGACCUUUGGAAGCAUUCCCUCUAAAACUGGUUGGGAAAGGGUCAGACACCCCUGUGCAGGGACUGUGUGACAGGGGAUUCUGACCCAAGACUCGGUGGUUAGACAUACUGCCACAGGGAGCAGACAGGCGGCUCUGUGGAGGCCCCUGUUUCUUUUGGACACCGCAGUGGAACCAAAAACUUUGGGAGAAAGACAUUUCUUGUUUUUUUUUCUUAUUUUUUCAUAUCUUGUAGAAUCAUUCCAGCUCAACUUCAUUGGUCCUUUUGGGAAAUACAUCAUUAUUACAAACCAAAGGACAAUUAAAGCUGAAGGGAUAUCAUUUCCUCAACGUUAGGAGUGAGUAAUGGUAUGCCAUUCUACCUGUGAAGGGCUUACAGAGUAGUGAGCUUAAAGGGCACUUAUCACAAGGGAUUUGUAUCCACAGAAAGAUUGGAAUGCGUAGGUAUUUGCAAACACAACUUUGUGCUUAUUCCAAGACAGUUUUGAAACCAUGUCCUUUGACGGUAUGAAACUGGAACUAUCAUUUGCAUGUAGAUGUUGUACUUUACUAAUGGGAGGUCGAUUUUUUGCACUAUACUACCGUCAAGCCUAACAAUUUGAAGUUGAAAAGUUAAAGCUGCUACAUCAGGUUCCCUAGAGAAAAUGACAGAAUGACAGAAAGUGUUGACUGCAUCACAACUUAAAGUUUGUGCUAAGAGCUUGAUACAGUAAUGCCUAGGUGAGUAGCAUAGAGAUUGUGAAAAUGACUGCAAUACAAAGCCUUUAGCAGAGCACCUGUCAUAAACAGUGAGCAAGUAAAUCAAAAGGCGCGGGGACCAAAGACUGAAUCCAGCUAAUUGAUAUUAUUAAUCUUCUCAUGACCAAUAACUCAUCUGUUUUUGUAAUGGCUGUCUUAUCAUUGUGGUUCACUCUACUUCGUUGUCUAGAAAGUGGCUUGACUAUUGUACAUUCCAAGCAGGGUUCGAGCCAAACCUGGUGAUGGGGCCACUACCUCUCAAGGUAUUACAAUAGCUAUCUACAGUUGAAGUCGGAAGUUUACAUACACUUAGGUUGGAGUCAUUAAAACUCGUUUUUCAACCACUCCACAAAUUUCUUGUUAACAAACUAUAGUUUUGGCAA